UGAUUGGACAAAACAAAUGUCAAAGAUAACAAAACACACAUGCAUAUGUCAUUUGUUUUUAUUAGUGUUUUAAUUAAUAAAUAAUAUUGAUUAUAGUUGUGAACAAGUGAAAGAAUUACUACAUUAUUACUGUAGUUGAUAAAUACCAUGAAUAUCAUUAAUAAUUGUUUCUAUUAAAAUAAUUUCUAAGAAAUAAAUAAACCUAACCUAUAAAUGAUGUUCUAAUCUGCAAGAUAUUUUCAAUAUUUCUCCUAUUUUGUCUCAAUUAAUUAAUGAAAAUUGUAAAUAUCGAGAAAAUAACAAAGAAAUUAUAAUUAAUAUGGAUUCAAAAGCUGUAGUAAUUUCUGGUGAAGCUUCUGAAUCGGACGAUGAAAUUGGUCACAUCACCACUGGAAUAGGAUUUCCUCCUCUAAACACUUGUGGAAAAAUUAUAACAGGAGAAGCUCAAGAAUCAGACGAUGUUUAUCAUGUAUUGACGAUCCAGAAUGAAGGAAGUUCAACUAGUUUAAGUAGUGCAAUUGAUGCUGCUGUAUGUCCUUCAUAUACUGAGGCUAAAGUACCAAAAUCUAAAAAAAGUUAUGUCAAAUACAACAGUUUACUUCAUUUUAAACUAUAUGAAUGUAAUAUCGCAUUGGACAAUGAUGUUCAACGAACUAUCCAGAAUGUAAUUACAAAUGGUAUACAAGAAUUGUCCACUGCUAAUCGACAAUUGUUAAAAAGCGAAUUAAUUCUACAAGAAGCCGCUUGUCAAUUACGUAAUGCAUCGAAUCGAACUGCAAAUGCUUCCAAUUCCUUACUUCAACUUUUGGAUCUUAACUUUCUACACUCCAUAAAAAGUUAAACUUGUACAUAUAUCGUAAAUUAUUUUUUUUUUUUGCCAUUUAGAUGACAUAAUUAAUGUCUAAUGAGCGAUUCUAGAAAAAUCGCUAACUUCUUUUUUUUUUGUUUUUUUUUUCUUUUUGGGGGACUUUGUUGAGCAUUAAUUGAUUUUGUCUUGUUUACUGGCAGUUCUAUUAAAUAUACAAUAAGUUAUUUCCUAGGAGCACAUACUUUUUCUUUUAAACAACAGCUAGUUUUAUAUAUCUUUUUUUUUGUUCAAUUAUGCGUUAUUUAAAUUUAAUCUAUUGUAGCCGUUAAAUUAAUACAUUCAUAAAUUGUAAUAUAUAGCAAAUUAUUGUAAUUACGAAUAUAUCAAAUACUUGUAUGGUCGUUGCAUAUCUCUUUCAAAAAAGAAAGUAAUCAUCAAAAUUCUCAUAAAUGCAACAAUCGCAAAUUUAAUAUAUUUUCUCAUUUGUGGCAUUAAUUAUAUUUAUAUUACUUAUUUAUUAAUUAAUCUUUUAAGAUUAACAAACGGGCAGAAAGAAGCAGAGGUUGCUAAGUUCCCUUUUUUUUUUAUUUUUCUAUAAAUGCAAAGGCUUUGUUAUAGGCACAUUUGUUUUAAUACUAUUUGUGUAUCUUCUGCUUCUUAAUUUUACAUUCUUUUUUUUAUGAAAAUGAAAGAAAAGAGAAGUUUUUUGACAGUAUUUAUUCCGUUGAAUAAAAUAUUAGUCCUCUAUAAUUUAAAUGCAAAAAAAGCGUAUGUUAAAUUUUACUAAAAAAUUAUAAUUAUUAAAUAAUGAAAAUUAUUGAUUAAAUUUUAUUUAUUAUAAUAAAAUUGUAAAUAGGUGCAUAAUCCUUUUUUCGCUGUGAAAAUAAGUUUUUCUCCUCUUUUUAGUAUUUGAUUUUACGUACUUUUUUAAAUGUUAUUAUUUAUUACUUUCUAUUGUAAUGACAAAUGUGUUUUGUAAGCAUUUGCUUUAAAUGAUUUUGCAGAGAAGAUUUCAAAAAAGUUUAACAAAUUAAUGCUAGCUAAAAAGUGACGAAAAAGAGUUUAGAAACUAGUUCUAUCUAUUACUCCCGAACUAUGCAAUAAUUAUCAGUGUUUUAAUGCCGCAAGUGAGAAGUUUUUGAAUAUAUCAAGAUUCUUAUCUUGUUUUAUCAGUGUUAAGGCAUACAAAAGAAUAUUGUAAUUUUAAAGGCUUAUUGUAUAUAAUGUACAUAAAAUAGUAAAAAAUUAUAGCAACAAAUAAAAAUUUUAAUGAUAA